CUUCAUUCCCCCCAUUAGCCUUUUCGGCUCUCUCUCUCUCUCUCUCUCUCCAUCGCUGUUGAGAGAUAGGGGUAUUCUUACAAGCGUCUCUCUUUCUCUCUCUGCCCCUCUCUCUCUGCUCUUGCUCUCUUCUAGUUCUUCACCUUCUUAUAUAUACACUCUGAAUUCUCAAAACAAAUAAAAAAGCUCAAAAGAAAGCAAGAAAGAAAAACCAUUUAUUUUUUAGGUGAAAAGAUGGGGUUUUUUCAUCUGGGAUUGUUUCUGUGUGCCUGCCAAGUGCUUGUUCUUGGAGUUGUUGCUUCUGCACCCUCUGGAAAUUUACCAAUCAUACCCUUCGAUGAAGGGUACACCAAGCUUUUUGGGGAUGACAAUUUGAUGAUCCUUAGAGAUGGGAAAUCCGUCCAUCUCUCACUAGACGAACGGACAGGGUCUGGAUUUGUUUCUCAGGACCUCUACCAGCAUGGGUUUUUCAGUGCUUCCAUUAAGCUGCCUGCUGAUUACACUGCUGGAGUUGUUGUUGCGUUUUAUAUGUCGAACGGUGACAUGUUUCCGAAGUACCAUGAUGAAAUUGAUUUCGAGUUUUUGGGGAAUAUACGGGGCAAAGAAUGGAGGGUUCAGACCAAUAUUUACGGCAACGGAAGCACCAACACCGGCAGGGAAGAGAGAUACAAUCUCUGGUUUGAUCCGUCCGACGAUUACCAUCAGUACAGCAUUCUCUGGACUGACUCUCAGAUCAUCUUUUAUGUUGACAAUGUUCCCAUUAGAGAGUUCAAGAAAACAGAAUCAAUGGGUGGUGACUUCCCUGCUAAGCCAAUGUCAUUGUAUGCCACAAUAUGGGAUGGAUCUGAUUGGGCUACCAAUGGGGGCAAAUACCGAGUGAAUUACAAGUAUGCUCCCUAUUUGGCUGAGUUCUCCGACCUUGUUCUACACGGCUGUGCAGUUGAUCCAAUCGAACAAUUAUCAAAGAAGUGCGAAAAGACCCAAAAUUCAGAAUCAGUCCCUACUGGUGUCACCCGCCUCCAAAGAAUGAAGAUGGAGAGUUUAAGGAUGAAGCACAUGACGUACUCCUACUGCUACGAUAGAAUCCGAUACAAGUCUCCUCCCUCAGAGUGUGUGAUCAGUCCCCAAGAAGCUGAAAGACUGCGUGUGUUUGACCCCGUCACAUUCGGGAAAGGGAGGCGCCGCCAUGGAAAGCAUCACCACCGGAGCAGAGGAAGCCAGGCAGAAGUGGCAACUUCUGUUUGAUGAGGGCUGCAAGCAAUGUAUGGAUUCUGGUAUGAAUGAGCACUACAGUCACUCCAUUGGUAUUUGGUCGAUAUAUAUCUGCGCUGGGUCAGUUCUUCGGUGUAUAGAGAGAGCGGAGAAGCAUAGAUUUAUUGAAGGUGGAUAGAGUUUUACAGGGUGUUUUGGGGGGGCUGGUUUGUGUAUAGUUUGUACAACUUUUAGAAUGUCUCCUUCCCAGGUUUCCAUUCAUGCUUUUCUUUUGGCUUUACGAAUUGAGAUUUUCUCUGUACUUAUGACUCACCCUCAUGGGUUCAAUAAAUAUUUGAGCAUAUGGAAGUUUCUGUAA